UUAGCACUAGAUGGCGCUGAAAAACCUGCUGAAAUCAUCACGCUCGAUAAGCUCAAAGUUUUUUUUUACUGUAAAAUAUAUUUAGGCAUAAGCAUUUAGAGUGCAGGGCUGGAGUGAACCUACUGAGCUACCCGGAUGGGUUAAGAAGACUAAGGAAAAAAAGGACAGAAGAACAUCUUCAUUACCUUUUUCUACUCUGUACUGUGACUGUGCGUACUGUAAACAUUGAGCAACGAACGACCUAAUGUACGAUUCCCAGCAGAUGCGUUACAUGACACCAAAGGAAAAGCGACUGCUUACAAAGAACAAAGACAAACAGUGACAAAGAGAUUCAAAAACAUGGCAGCACCUUCAAACAUGGAGGUAGAGCUUCACGGAUUGUUUGAGAAAAACAACUCCUUCGACUAUGAUAAUUAUGAGAACAAAGAACUGGACUGCCAGUCAAAAGCAGUCUCUGAUGCAUUGGGGGUCUUCAUUCCCAUGCUUUACUCUUUGGGGAUCUUAUUGGGGCUGCUGGGACAUGGACUGGUUCUGGCAGUAUUGUGGCACAAGUGGCUGAAUUGCAGUGUGAUGGACAUCUUUAUCUUUCAUUUGAGCUUAAUUGACAGUCUUCUGCUGCUCUCAAUGCCUCUCUGGGCCGUGGAUGCCGUUAAAGGAUGGAUCAUGGGGUCAGGACUCUGCAAACUGGCUGGAGUUCUGUUUAAGAUGAAUUUCUACUGCAGUAUGUUGAUGUUGGCCUUCAUCAGUGUGGACUGCUACCUGUCCAUCGUUCAUGGAGUUCAGAAGUUAUCUCGUAAAAAGCCCAUGGUGGUUCAUGGAUGUUGUCUGAUUAUCUGGCUCGUCUGCCUGCUCCUUAGCAUCCCAGAAUGGAUCUUUCUGAAAUCCAUCAGUGACAGCACAGAUCAGGUUAAAGAUGAAUGCAUUUACUUUUAUCCAGAUGAUUCCUGGCAUCGUUCCUCACGAUUUCCGCAUCAUGUCAUUUUUGGUGUGGGAACUCUUGUGCUGCUGUUUUGUUGUACCUCCAUCAUGCUGAAGCUUCAACGUGAGUCUAUGUGCCAGCAGAAGAAAAUGGGCAGAAAAACAGCGAUCAUUGCAGUCCUAGUGCUGGUUUUUCUCAUUUGCUGGACACCCUACAGCAUUGCCUUCAUCGUGAACACCGGUGCUCGUCCAGUGCACAUUGAUCCUUUAACAGGAGAGAGUGAAUGUGAAUGGAGGCAGUGGACAGCUACCAAAAUAACAGCCAUUUUUGGGCUUCUCCAUUGCACUAUCAACCCUGUUAUUUACUUCUGUUUCUCCAAAGAGUUCAGGAGACGCUCACUGGCUGUGAUAAAGUUCAAUGCUUGUGAAUCAAACAAUAAUGACGGCUCACUUUGGGACUCUACUGCAGUAAAUGUUAAUACUACUGUCCAGGAGGAGCAAGGUCCACUUCAGCAAGUCAAUGAACUUAAACCAAAAGUACAAACCCAGCAGCAGGAUACAUGAAUAUGUAAAUCAUUGACCGAGAGACUCUUUGUUUCUCGUAAUUUUAUUUAUUAUGCUUAUUGUAAUCUUCUGCAUUGUAUUUACAGCAAACUGUAUUUAGACAUGAGCAUUUGAUCAUUGAUAUUUGGGUUUGGAUUUACUUGAAGGUAUUUGUACAGUCAUACUGGAAAAUCCCCCUCUCGUGAUGGAGGGUGGAAAAGCGGGCGACCCGCAGGUCAUGGAAUUUCUGGAUUAUUUGGGAAUUUGGAAAUGUCUAUAGCAGACAUUGAAAGUCAGGGAGUUUUAUUACAUGGUUUUUGUCUGAGUCAUGCAAUAUCAGGGAUUUUUUUGUUUGUUGUUUUUAAGUUUAAGUGAAGUUUAUUUAUAAACUAAUUUCAAGAGGAGCACAUGCUUAU